GAACCAAAAAAUAAAAAAAUCUAUCGGCAUUGGAACCCUAAAUUUCCAAAAACAGCAGCAACUUUGAUCCGUCUGAUUCGUCUUCCAGUUGGCUGCUGCAGCUGCUCUUCCUCCUCCUCCUCCUCUUCCUCAUCCUCCUCUGCCUCGCCUGCACUUGGUCGGUGUAUGUGACCAAUCUUAGUCAGAAAACUCGGCAGUGGGCGCCCCCCCCCGGCUCUCUCUCUCUCUCUCUCUCAUGUAAUUUGAUUUGAUUUCUGUUUCUGCCCCCUCCUUUUCUUUGUUCCAUUCGUAUAUGUAUGUAUAAGCCCAUUCCCAGAGCUGAGGAUGCUAACUACUCAAAAUCUCUUCCAUUCCAGCCACUGUAGAGGUAGACAUUGUUUAUCUACUGUAGCUAAAUAGCACCUAUAUUAUAUUAUUCCACCUCCUCAAAAACCUUGGAACUUUUGGAGCCCCCGUCAUCCAAACCCUAGUUCAUCAUCCAAUUCGCCUCAAUUUUUGAAUGGCCGCAACAGACGCUACCACCAAGUUCCGGAACACAGACUUCCGGCCGGUUCCCCAGCCCCCGGAUUUCCACCCUGAAGUCUUUGUUUCAGCUCACGAUGGCCUCCGCUUCUGGCAAUUCAUGAUCGCCGGCUCAAUUGCAGGGUCCGUCGAACACAUGGCCAUGUUCCCUGUUGACACAGUGAAGACUCACAUGCAAGCCAUCGGCUCCUGCCCUAUAAAAUCAGUGGGAGUCCGCCACGCCCUCCAGUCCAUUCUCAAGGCCGACGGAGUUUUAGGCUUGUACCGAGGCAUCGGCGCCAUGGGCCUGGGAGCUGGUCCUGCUCAUGCUGUGUAUUUCUCGGUCUAUGAGAUGUGUAAGAAAUACUUCUCGGGCGGGAAUCCAAAUAACUCGGCUGCUCACGCGGUCUCUGGCAUCUUUGCGACGGUUGCCAGCGAUGCGGUGUUCACGCCAAUGGAUAUGGUGAAGCAGAGACUGCAGUUGAACAAGAGCCCCUACAAGGGCCUUUUGGGUUGUGUUCGGACUGUCUUGAAAGAGGAGGGCUUUAGGGCCUUUUAUGCAUCGUAUAGGACCACCGUGAUCAUGAAUGCUCCCUUCACCGCGGUGCAUUUUGCCACCUAUGAGGCAGCCAAGAGGGGCUUGAUGGAGAUAUCACCAGAUAGUGUGGACGAUGAGGGUUGGGUUGUUCAUGCCACCGCUGGUGCUGCUGCUGGAGCUUUGGCAGCUGCACUUACCACUCCUCUGGAUGUCGUGAAGACUCAAUUGCAGUGUCAGGGAGUUUGCGGAUGUGAUAGAUUUAAGAGCGGAUCAAUUAGGGAUGUAAUUCAAACGAUAGUAAAUAGAGAUGGGUACAUAGGGCUUGUGAGAGGAUGGACUCCAAGGAUGCUUUUCCACGCUCCCGCUGCUGCAAUCUGCUGGUCCACUUAUGAAGCUGCCAAAUCCUUCUUCCAAGAACUGAACAGUAGCAGCCCGAGCAGAGUACCGUCACCUGAAUAGCAGGUUUAUCCGUCGAUCUCCAAUUGCAUCAGAGUUCCCUGUGCUCCCUAUAACUUGAAGGGUGUAGAUGUUAAGGAGUUCUACUUCCCUUGAGAUACAUCCAAUGGGAGAGGAAGAAGUCAGGUCAGAGCUGCCUGUGUCUGUCAUGGGAGGUGUUACUCAGCUCGAUCGAUUAAAUGAGGACAUAUGUGUCCGAAUAUGAUUAUUGUUUAGAAAUUAAAUUGAUUGUAGUUUGAGUUGCUUGUUCACGGUAUUGAGUACUAGAUUCCAUCUUGUACUAUUUUUUUUUUAGUCUCAGCCUGCAAGUUUUGCUCAUUGGGUUCAACACGGAGAGGGGAGCUAUGUUUAGACUACCGGGAAUUGCUUAUGCAUUUCUUCACUCUAGAUCUUGACCAUUUUUGCA